UGCGUACUGUACCCUCUCGACAGGCUCUGAGCAUGCCGUGUUAUUAGGUAAUUAAGAUUUAAGUUUAAAGUUGUAACUUUUAAAAUUUUGAAAGUACCAGAAUCAUUGUGAAAUUAAAAUUGAAAAAAAAUAAUUUUUAUAUUUUUUUUUAUAGUUUAGAAUACCAAGUAAUCAAAAAUAUAACAAAGGGAAGUGUAAAACGAUAUUAAUGUACUAAUUUUGAGUUACAGCAGCUAAAAUAUGAGGGCAUACAGAAUUAUAAGAAAACUAGUGCCAUCCAGUGGUGGCGGUGAUGAUUAUGAAAAAGCAAAAAAAUCAAUACGCUUAGCUAGACAUGGUUGUGCAAAUAGGCCUUUUUUUCACAUUGUAGUUGUUCUUCAAAGAAGAGAUUGUAAAUCUCACCCCAUUGAACAGCUUGGAACAUAUGAUCCUUUGGAAAACCAUAAUGGUGAAAAAAUGGUCAGUUUAAAUUUAGAAAGGAUCAAAUAUUGGAUGGCUAAAAAAACUCGUUUGACUGAUCCAGUAGCAGAGUUAUUAGGACUGUCAGGAUUUCUUCCUAUGCAUCCCCGUACUUACAUGACUGCUUGGAGAAAUAGGCAACAAAAUAAAUCACAAACUGAACAGACAGUUGAAUCUGCUAGCCCCUAAGAAAAUCUAUAGUAAAAAUCUGGCUUACAGAAAUUGUAGAUAAGCUUGUGAGAACAAGUUUGCUAUAGCCUUAUAGUUAUGUGUGUGAACUCAUUUUGUUUAUAUAUUAUUAUAAUUUUGUUUUUGAUUAAUAUUAUUUAAUCUUUGUAAACAAUACAUACUUAAACAAUGACAUUGUAUCAAUAAAAUAUAUCUAUUCCCUCUAAAUUUGAACAUUUUAAUCUGGUUUAUAUUUUUGGAUUAAUAUAAUGAUAAUUAUAAAUUUUA